UAUAAAAUCGUAUGCCAUAAAAAUAUUUGCUUUUCUUGUUCAGACUGCGGUGUUUCAGAAGUGGGGUAUAACUGGAAGCGCCUGCAACCAUUGAACGCGUGGUAGCUCAACUCUUCUUUUUUCGUUUGUAAAUCGAUAAUGACAGUAACAUUACUCUCUUCUCCACCCGAUCUUUCCGAUCAGGCUGUUCGACACACACAAUGCAACAUUGAUCUACUCAUUUUACCACCGUUGUCAGGCGUUGACAGCACGAUCCAAGGCGAAUUAAACGUCUGUGAAAGUCAAGUUUAUUUCUAUUCAGAAUCAGCCGGAUCGGGUAUUGCCGUUGAAUAUCCAGACAUCAUAAUCCAUGCCAUUUCGCGUCAAGACGGUCGACCAAGCAUUUACUGUCAACUUGAAGCUGGCCGUUUCUUUCCCAACCAACAAUUGCCUGAAGACGAAGAAGAACGAGAAGAUGUUGUGACUGAACUCAAGUUUAUGCCCCAAGAUCCCGGCGCACUGGAAGCUAUUUACAUGGCCAUGUCAACAUGCGCAGCGCUUCAUCCAGACGAGGACUUUUUGGCCGAGCAAAAGGCGCUGGAAGAAGAAAACGACUUCUUUGCAGAUCCAAGCGAUGAAACCGAACUGAACGAAGUACAACAAGCCGCGUUACGCCACUUGGAAUCUGUCUUUGUUUCUCCUGCACCUCAGCAGCAACAACAAAAUGGAACAGCAUCAGAAGAACAAGACCAAGAUAAACAACACCAGUAGCAGCAAUAAUGAA